AUGGUAAGUCAGAUUGAUCAAUUAAAGAAUUGCACAUAUUCCUCUUGGCAAAGAGAAUUCAAAGUGAAAUCCUAUAUCUACAAGGUUCCCAAAUACUUUUGCCUUGCAGGGAAAAGCCUUUACGUUAAAUUCUGGAGUUCAUGUUUUGGCAGAGUUUUCCUUGCUAUUCUUAAGUGUAUUGGACUAGCGAUUAUCGUAGAGAAUCUCUUCAUUAUAUUCUCAAACUACCAGAAAGUCAUCAUCAAAAGAAAAGUUUCAAAUUCUCAAUCUGGCAAAUUCACUCCAUACCAACCAGUUCCAGACACGCUUAAAUCUAUCGAUCACGACGAAUUCAUGCGUUUGGACGAUUACUUGCGUCGUGUUGAAGAAGCACAACGAAGUGCUCCAUUUCCUGGAUCAGACUUCAACUACGCGAUGCCACCUCAACAACCAUAUCCUACAGCAGAAGCAUAUCCUCCAGGAGCUUACCCUACAGCACCACAACAACCUUACCCUACAGCACCACAACAACCUUAUCCUACAGCACUACAACAGCCUUAUCCUACAGCACCACAACAGCCUUACCCACAACCCGAAGGAGGUCCUUAUUAUGGUGCUCCUCCACCGCCACAGCAACAGCCUCCAAUCGAAGAAAAUCUCGCUGGACCAACUCCACCACCGCCAGCUGAUCUUCCACCACCACCGGAAUAA